AGAGAGACCCACGAUUAGUGGGCAUGAUGUCUGCUGGUCUGACAGCUAUGCGAUUGUCCAGCGUGUCUUUGGUCUUAGGAACUUUAUACAAUAGCCUAAAUCAGUGAUUUGACGCAGAAAAUAAGAAAACAUGGUUGCCGUAAGCCCAGUGGCGCACAAAUUGCUAAGCUACGUUCCUUUUUUACUAGUUUUGAUCGAUCUUCGAUACGAAGGAGUUAAUGGUGGGAAGGAUGGUGGUGUUGAGAAUCAUCUGGAGAUGGGGAAGAAGCUUCUGGCUGCAGGACAGCUGGCUGAUGCUUUAUCUCACUUCCACGCUGCUGUUGACGGUGAUCCCCAAAAUUACAUGGCAUACUAUAGGAGAGCAACUGUGUACCUAGCAAUGGGAAAGUCAAAAUCUGCACUACCAGACCUCAGCAAAGUCAUUGAACUUAAACCAGAUUUCACAUCGGCUAGGCUUCAGAGAGGAAAUCUACUGCUGAAACAUGGCAAACUUGAUGAAGCAGAAAAUGAUUUCAAAAGAGUGCUCAAAUCAAACCCAAGCAAUGGAGAGGAGCAGCAGGCGCAGAGCCAGCUGAAAAAAUCUGAUGAAAUUCAGAGACUGGUGGCCCUGGCACAGAGCGAUUUCAACCGCAAAGACUACAGCUCUGCCACAUCACACCUCGACAUCAUCAUUGAUACGUGUGUUUGGGAUGCGGACUCCAGAGAGAUGCGGGCCGAGUGUUUCAUUCAGUUGGGUGAAAUGGGCAAAGCCAUCAGUGACCUCAAGGCUGCUUCAAAACUCAAAAGUGACAACACUCAGGCUUUCUACAAGCUCAGCACCAUUUAUUAUAGUCUGGGAGACCAUGAGAUGUCCCUCAAUGAGGUGAGGGAGUGUCUGAAACUGGACCCGGAUCAUAAGCAGUGCUUUAGUCACUACAAGCAAGUUAAGAAGCUCAACAAACAGAUACAGGGCGCUGAAGAAUUGAUCCAGGAGCAGAAGUACAGUGAUGCAGUUAAUAAAUAUGAGUCCAUUAUGAAGACUGAACCAAAUGUUCCUCAGUUCAUACUUAAUGCCAAAGAGCGCAUGUGCCACUGUUUGUCAAAGGACCAACAAACUGCUAGAGCCAUCUCAUUGUGUAGUGAAGUUCUGAAUGCAGACCCUCAUAAUGUGAAUGCUCUGAAAGACAGAGCCGAGGCCCUCCUCCAGGAUGACCAAUAUGAAGAAGCCAUUAAGGACUUUGAGAGUGCUAAAGAACAUAAUGAGAAUGACCGGCAGAUCAAGGAGGGUCUGGAGAGAGCACACCGGCUCCUCAAACAGUCCAAGAAGAGGGAUUACUACAAGAUCCUGGGUGUGAAGAGAACUGCCCAAAAGAAAGAGAUCCUGAAAGCAUACAGAAAGUUGGCGCAGCAGUGGCAUCCAGACAACUUCCAGGUUGAAGAAGAAAAGAAAAAGGCAGAGAAGAAGUUCAUAGACAUCGCUCAAGCCAAAGAAGUUCUCACCAACCCAGAGAUGAGGAGUAAGUUUGACCAGGGCGAGGAUCCCAUGGAUCCAGAGAGUCAGCAGGGUGGGGGACAUCACCAUCACCACUUCCACGGUGGCUGGGACAACUUUCAGGGAUUUAAUCCUUUUGGUUCUGGGCCAUUUAAUUUCAAAUUUGGCUUCAACUAAGGCUUGACUAAAAGGACCUAGGGCCUGAAUAUGUGCUAAAAUCAGCCAAUAGGGACUGGCACCUUCUGACCCUUCCCGCAGGCAUGAAUCCGAUAUGACGAGCUCCUUGAAACAAGCUGUCAAGUGAUCCUGCUUGCUCACUGUUGUUCCUUGAAGCACUUCCUCUACUUUCAGGGAUCUUACAAUCCAGAACACAAGGUUAUUCUUCAAGCAACGUCUAUACGUGUUGAACGUUUCAUUCCUGAGUAUAAUAUGUACAUAGAAAAUUACAUUAUUUUUCUAUGAAUCAAAUAAUGAUGUAAAUAAUUAAAUAAAGAGAGAUGAAUGCUUAUUUAAAAGAAUAGGUUAUUUUUGCCUGGUUUUAGACACCGUAAAAAGACAAGUUGACAAAAAUAUUUUAUUCCUGAGAAAAUCCACAUCCUUGAACAUCAAGGCAUAGAAGCAAACAUGUACAGAGACAAUGAUUUGAUAACAAUAUAAAUAAAAUGGGGAAUGUAAAAGAUCCACCUCAUUACCUAGAGAUUGUUUUGUGGAUUGGAUCUGCAGUUGACAAACUUUGUCAGCAGUGAAUACAGUAAUUUGAAUUCCCAUUUCCAAUAAUGGUUUACAAUUGUGUAAAUUUUAUUUUGGAAAUAAAACUAUAUGAACUCUA